AUGCCUCCCAAGAAGAAUGACAAGGGCGCUGCCAAGAAGCCGUCGGCUUCCAAGGCGGUGGAGGACAAGACCUUCGGCAUGAAGAACAAGAAGGGUGGUGCCGCUCAGAAGCAAAUUGCUCAGAUGAACGCAUCUGCGAAGAACGGCGGCAGCGCUGACCAAAAGCGCAAGGAGGCGGAGAAGGCGCAGAGGGAGAGAGAAAAGAAGGCCGCGGAAGAGGCGAAGAGGGAGUUGGACCUCCUCAUGAACAAGCCUGCUCAGAUUCAGAAGGUUCCGUUUGGCGUCGAUCCCAAGACUGUCGUUUGCAUUUUCUUCAAGAAGGGCAACUGCGAGAAGGGAAAGAAGUGCAAGUUUUCCCACAACCUAGACGACGAGAGAAAGACAGAGAAGAGGAGCUUGUACACCGAUACCCGUAAGGACGAGGAAGAGAAGAAGAAGGCAGAGACGUCCGCCGACUGGGACGAAGAGAAAUUGCGCUCGGUCGUUCUUUCCAAGAAGGGAAACCAGCAGACAACGACGGACAAGGUCUGCAAGUUCUUCAUCGAGGCCAUCGAAGACGGCAAAUACGGAUGGUUCUGGGUGUGUCCAAAUGGAGGCAAUGAGUGCAAAUACAAGCAUGCUCUGCCACCAGGAUUCAUCUUGAAGACCAGGGAACAGCGUGCCGCCGAGAAGGCUUUGAUGGACAAGUCACCCCUCAAGACUCUGACCCUCGAAGACUUCCUCGAGUCCGAACGACACAAACUUACCGGGACCCUUACACCCGUCACCCCCGAGUCGUUCGCCAAGUGGAAGAAGGAGCGCAUGGACAAGAAGGCUGCUGAGGAAGCAGCCAAGAAGGCCAAGGAAGCUACUGGUCGUGCUCUGUUCGAGAGCGGCAACUGGCGCACAACAGAGGACGACGACGACGCCAGCGAUAACGACGACGACGACGGUGUUUGGAACCUGGAGAAGCUGCGCGCAGAGACUCAGGCUCUGCGGGAGAGGAAGGAGGAGGAACGAUUGCUGGUGCUCAAUGGCGGCGUCUUGCCUCCAGCAGCGGAUGCGGCUCCUGGGGCAUCUGGUUCUUGA